AUGACAGACCCCAGUCGAGAGCGGAAUGCCAUCAUCGGCGACAGUGACAAUGUCUGGAAGUACUCCUCAUCGAGCGGCUUCGACCUUACCCAUUCUGAGACUCCUUCCCCUUCCCACCUCACAAUCAAAACGACGACAACACCAAUCAUUAUCGACCCGGCCAAGACCGCCCUCGUGAUCAUAGACAUGCAAAACUUCUUCCUCUCGCCCCUCCUAGGCAGAACGGAAGGACCAGGCCACCGCGCUUCUGCCCAACUCCUCGAACACAGCAUUCCCGCCUGCCGCUCCGCCGGCAUCCGUACGAUCUGGCUCAAUUGGGGGUUGACCGACGCAGAUCUGUCCUCCAUGCCGGGAGGCGUCCGGCGUGCAUUCGGCUUCACCGACUCCAACGGCAAUGCACUAGACAGACAAGGCCGUCCCAUCCCGCCAGAACGGAGAGCAUUCAAAGGCAUGGGAAGUGAUAUGGGGAGUGUGACGGACCCGCGAACGGGAGAGGAGGUCAAAGUUGGUAGGAUGUUGAUGCGAGAUCAGUGGAAUAUGGCACUGUACCCACCUCUUGCAGCAGCGUACGAAGAGGGUAGGCAACUGCCUGACAAGCCAGAUGUGUGGAUUGACAAAAACCGCAUGUCGGGUAUGUGGGGUCCGGAGACGGACUGCGAGGCCUUUCUGCGCAAGGAAGGCAUCACGACAUUGGUUCUAGCAGGUGUGAAUACGGAUCAAUGCGUGCAUGGGACGUUGUUGGAUGCGUACAACAAGGGUUUUGAUUGUGUGUUGUUGAGUGACGGGUGCGGUACGACGAGUCCUGAUGCGGCGAGAGAAGGGGUGGAGUUCAAUUGUGCGAAUGUGACCGGUUUCAUGACGACGUGUGAGGAUUUCGCCAAGGGCGUGGCGGGAAGAGGGAGCGGGACGUGA